AUGGCCCAAGAGUCUCCAUCAUCCCGCCUUCUGGUCCCUAUUCUUCUCUUGAUCGGCUGGAUUGUGGGCUGUAUCAUAAUGGUUUAUGUUGUCUUCUCUUAGAAAGGCAAGAAGACUUCAGAGGGACAUCAUUUAGAAGAAUUAAGAAAAGCACAAACAUGACAGAUGAUUAAAUGUUUCUCAUGCAAAUAACUGCAAUGUUUCACAUCACUUCAUAAACUUGGAUUUGU